GAGAAAUGAGAAGAAAAAAAACUAGGGUUUGAGUUUUCGAGUGAAAUGUGUAAAAUAGAGUGAACAGAAGAAAUUUUUAGGAUUUUGUGUGCAAUGCAUAUCUCUGAUGAAGAUGAUGUGUCUUGGAUUCUCACUCCCGAUCUCAUUACGGAAAUCCUUUCAUGGCUUCCGGUAAAGAUUCUUGGGAGAUUCAGAUGCGUUUGCAAAUACUGGAAAUUGCUCAUCUUUGAACCAACAUUUGCUAAACUUCACCAUCAAAGAUCACCCAAACAUACACACACGCUACUCACCUUAUUCGGUGUCGUUAACGACUCAGAAACUUGGGUCGUAGCUCCACACUCAGUGCGUCGUUUACUGGAACACCCUUCCUCCCCGAUCAAAGAAGAGGAGUGUUGGCGUUUUAAAGACGAAACAUAUUAUGCAAUAGGCUGUGUCAAUGGCUUGGUUUGUUUGAUCGAUUAUGAGUCACAAGAAGAUGGAAAGAGAAAAAUUUGUAUUCGGUUCUGGAACCCUACUUUAAGAUUAAGAUCCCAAAAAUCACCAAUUUUGUAUGAGACUCCUUCUGAUCUCUGUGUGCACCUUGGAUUUGGCUAUGAUGAUUCAGGUGACAUAUACAAGGUGGUGACUGUGUUUUGGGAUCAUACAGAGGAGAAAUGGGAGGUUAGAGUUCAUUGCAUGGGUGAUAAUUGCUGGAGAAAGAUUCUCACUUACCCUGAUUGUUCAACUCUACUAGGAACUCUCGUCGGAUCAUUCCUUAACGGUAGUGUUAAUUGGUUAGCACUUACCAACUUAAAUUGUCCCGACUAUGAAUUGGAGGAUGUUAUCAUGGAUCAGUUAGUAAUUUUUUCGUUUGAUCUACGCAACGAAACAUAUGAGUUUAUGUCGCUACCUGACGGUUUUGGUGAAAAGCCCCCAGAUGAACCAGCUCUGGAUGUUUUGAGGGAUUGCCUGUGCCUUUCUUAUGACCACAUGAAAACCCAUUUUGUUUUGUGGGAAAUGAGAGAGUUUGGAGUUCAUGAGUCUUGGACUAAGAUAGUGAAUGUUAGCUAUGUUCAACUUCAUUUUUUUGAUUUAAUGUCUGAGUGGUUGUUGUUUCCAGUGAGUCUGUCUGGAGAUCUUCUGUUGCUGGCUAUCAAAGAAACUUGCGAUGGUGUUAUUUUGUGCAAUCCAAUAGAUGGUAAAGUUCAACAUAUUGAACUUCCUAACUGCAAAAUCAUGUAUGCUGAAGAACAUAUGCAGAGCUUGGUUUUGCCUCGUCCUCUUCCACAUUAACCUCAUUUGCAGCAACUCUUAGUUUUUCUGAAUUUAUGUUAGAUUAUGAUUUAUGAAUGAUUCCGUUGAUACUUUUUGCUAGUUAUUGGAUCAAAGUCUUUGGAUUGGAUGAAGAUAUUUUAAUUUUCUAUUCAUUUUAUGAGUUAGUUUUCAAGGUAUAAGUGAUAUGUAAUCCGUUGUUGGUUGAAUAUCUUACUAAUGCCUUUUGGCUAUUGUCAUGAUGACUUCUUUUAUUAA